CUAGUAUAAGUAGAGAGUAGUCUGCGGCAAUGCAAAGCUGCAAGACAAUCAUUGUCAUAAUACACAAGUCCUCUACCUCAGUUUCAGAUUCCGUCAACUCAACCACUCUAGUUUAUUAUCUUACUUGACCUAGCACUUUUUCUCCUGUCAAGAUGAGCCACCCCCAGCGCACCACCACCACUGCCACUGCUACUGCCACCUCCGCCGACCCCCUACCAAAUCCCUCAACGGCCUCGACAUCCGAUGGUGCUUCAAACAAAGCUUUACGGAUUCUGUUUGGCGUAUUAAGACUCUAUGAGGAUUUCAAAUCCGCAAAGGUCUUAGUUGUCGGAAAGGCGUGCACUUGGCACCAUCUCAAAGACAGGUCACUAAAAAAAAUCGAAAUACUCGUCAACACAGAUGUUCCGCCAGUUACGCUCCGGAGUUACCUCAUAUUCGACCGAUCCGGAUACUUUUCAAUUUCGAGUUCUGGCGGCUGCUCUUUCAAUAUGAAACUGGGACGUUCCACUCUCAUCCCUUGCACCUUGGACACUGUAACUUCACGGCAGCUGUCGCCCACAGCUAGGGACCUCGAACUUCGAAUAUACCGCCAGGCAUUCGGGAGAGUUCACGAGCUGCAAUAUGUUCCGCAAGAGGAGUUUCCCUUUGUUGACCUCCCCUCCGUCAUUUUGAUGGAGGUCUUGUUGCCUUCAGAGCCUAAAACAAUCAUCGACUCCCCCCGGGUGUGGAAGUUAGCCCAAAGGCUUGAUCCACAGUUUAGGUGGGAGGAUUGGCAGAGGAACGCUCUGGAGGCGAGGCUGACAAGGCUCAUAGAUCUGGGAGGAAACGAUGAGAAGAGGACGCGUGAAGAGUGGUGUGCGGUCCUCCAUCUCCAUACUGAUGAGCUGGCAGACGGGGUGGAAGAUGAGUCCACAGACGGAGAGGAUGAGCUGGCAGACGGGGUAGAAGAUAAGUCCACAGACAGAGAGGAUAAGCUGGCAGACAGAAUAAAAGAUGAGUCUAUGGACGGAGAGAAUAAGCUGGCAGACAGAAAGAUAACUCUAUGA